AACAGAUCCUUCCUGCGGCGAAUGGGUAUUGACAGUUUCUGUAGUUUGGACGGUUCUGAUCCAUUUUGGGAUUGGAACCGGACAUGGCAAACACACAAUCCAGACCUGACACCAUGUUUCCAGAACACAGUGCUGGUUUGGAUUCCCUGCCUCUACCUCUGGCUGUUUGCACCGUUCUACAUCCUAUACCUCAAAAGAAAUGACCGUGGAUACAUAUGCAUGACCCACCUCAACAGAGCCAAAACAGUUAUUGGGUUUACCCUAUGGCUUAUCUGCUGGGCAGAUGUUUUCUACUCUUUCUGGGAAAGAAGCCAUGGUGCUGCAAUAGCCCCAGUCUACCUAGUCAGCCCCACAAUGCUUGGCGUUACAAUGUUGCUGGCUACGUUCUUGAUCCAGUAUGAGCGGAUGAAGGGGGUCCAGUCCUCAGGGGUGAUGCUCAAUUUUUGGCUGAUCGCCAUAGUGUGCGCUACAGUCACCUUUCGCUCCAAAAUCCUGCAUGCACUGAAUGAGCCUGCCAGUGUGAAUGUGUUCAAAUAUACCACCUUCUACAUAUAUUACACCAUGCUGCUCAUCUCCCUGAUCCUGGCCUGCUUGUCCGACCAGCCUCCACUCUUUUCACAGGCUGUCAAAGACUCGAAUCCAUGUCCAGAGUCGGGAGCUUCAUUCCUGUCCAGAAUCACUUUCUGGUGGAUCACAGGAUUGAUGGUGACUGGUUAUAAAAGGCCUCUGGAAGAGAAGGAUCUGUGGUCGCUCAACACGGAGGAUAAGUCUCAAAGAGUGGUGCCACAGCUGGUGCGCCGCUGGGACCAGGAAUGCAAUAAGGUCAAAAGGCCCGUAGAUAAGACACUCUACUCCCCAAAAAGAGCAGCAAGGGGAGAAAAGAAGGAUGGACAACCAAUAGAAGAGUCUGAGAUUUUGCUUGCAAAAACCCUUCAGAAAACUGGCGAGCCGUCCCUUUUCUGCGCGCUCUGCCGAACCUUUGGACCAUACUUUCUCGUCAGCUCUCUGUAUAAGAUUAUUCAUGACAUCCUGAUGUUUGUUGGGCCAGAGAUUCUCAGGCUACUGAUCCAGUUUGUGAAUGAUUCAAGUGCCCCCACUUGGCAUGGCUACUUCUACACCACCCUGCUGUUCGUUUGUACCUGCGUGCAAACCCUCAUUCUGCAGAAAUAUUUCCAUGUUUGCUUUGUGACAGGCAUGAGGUUACGUACGGCCAUUGUUGGUGCCGUGUACAGGAAAGCCUUGGUCAUUACCAAUGCUGCUCGACGAACAUCCACUGUCGGAGAGAUUGUGAAUCUGAUGUCUGUAGAUGCUCAGCGUUUUAUGGACCUCAUAACCUAUAUCAACAUGAUUUGGUCAGCACCUUUGCAGGUUAUCCUGGCCCUUUACUUCCUGUGGCAGAAUCUGGGUCCUUCUGUGCUUGCUGGAGUUGCUGUGAUGGUGCUAAUGGUUCCUGUAAAUGCAGUCAUUGCCAUGAAAACUAAAACCUACCAGGUUGCCCAAAUGAAAAGCAAGGACAAUAGGAUCAAGCUUAUGAAUGAGGUGCUGAAUGGCAUUAAAGUCCUCAAACUCUACGCAUGGGAACUGGCAUUCAAAGACAAAGUUUCUGCCAUCCGAGAGAGUGAAUUGCGUGUGCUGAAGAAGACUGCUUACCUUGGUGCUGUGUCCACCUUUACUUGGGUCUGCGCACCAUUUUUGGUUGCCCUUUCCACAUUCGCAGUAUAUGUGUUAAUGGAUGAACAUAAUAUUUUGGAUGCACAGAAGGCAUUCGUUUCUCUGGCCUUGUUCAACAUCCUGCGCUUCCCUCUUAAUAUGUUGCCCAUGGUCAUCAGCAGCAUGGUGCAGGCCAGUGUGUCUAUGAAGCGUCUGCGUGUGUUUCUGUCCCAUGAGGAGUUGGAUGAAGACAAUGUGGAGCGGCCAGCCAUCACUGCAUCUCCUGACAGCAUCAGGAUUGUGGACGGAGCUUUUAGCUGGUCUAAAGAUGACUCCCCUACUUUGAAGAGGAUUCAUGUGCGUAUCCCUGAGGGGGCGCUUGUUGCUGUGGUAGGGCACGUGGGUUCAGGGAAAUCCUCUCUGCUUUCAGCUUUGCUGGGAGAAAUGCAGAAGCAAGAAGGAUCUGUCUCGAUUAAGGGCUCUGUGGCUUACGUGCCACAGCAGGCCUGGAUCCAAAACGCCACUCUCAAAGACAACAUUUUGUUUGGACGGGACGCAAAAGACAGCUGGUACCAGAAGGUGGUGGAGGCUUGUGCUCUCCUACCAGACCUGGAGAUCCUACCUGGAGGAGACUUGACAGAGAUUGGGGAGAAGGGCGUGAAUCUGUCUGGAGGUCAGAAACAGCGGGUGAGUGUGGCCAGGGCUAUCUACUGCAACUGUGCAGUGUAUCUGCUGGAUGACCCACUCUCCGCUGUGGAUGCUCAUGUGGGAAAACACAUCUUUGAGAAGGUCAUCGGGCCUCAGGGGUUGCUACAGGGCAGAACUCGGGUUCUGGUGACCCACGGGCUGAGCUUCCUGCCCCAGGCUGACCUGAUCUUGGUGAUGGUGGAUGGGGAAAUCACAGAGAUGGGCUCUUACACUGAGCUGCUGGGCAGACAGGGUGCUUUCGCUGAGUUCCUGCGUACCUACACCAACACAGAGCAGGAGGAGGUGGAGGAGUCAGUGGGAGAAGCAGUCCCAUGGAAAGGACUUGAGAAUGGGGGCCCUGCUGCUGUGUUGGGGCAGAGUCAGAUCUCUCUUAAUGCAGCAGGCACAGGUAAAACCCCACAGAAAACUGAACCCAAUGAUGUUGCGGCCGCAAAGAAGGCCAAAUCCACAGAAGCUGCCCGACUGACUGAGGCUGACAAGGCCAACACUGGCAGGGUGAAGCUGUCUGUGUUUUGGGAGUACAUGAAGGCUAUCGGCUUGCCCUUGUCCAUCUUCAGUAUCUUUCUGUUCUUCUGUCAUCAUCUGUCCUCUCUGGGCUCAAACUACUGGCUCAGUCUCUGGACAGAUGACCCUGUUAUCAACAACACACAGCCCAACAGAGAGAUGCGUUUAGGGGUGUAUGGAGCCCUCGGACUCACACAAGGCAUUGCAGUGUUCUGCUAUUCUGUGGCAGUGUCUGUUGGUGGGAUCUUAGCCUCCCGCUACCUGCACCAGACGAUGCUCUACAACGUCCUGAGAUCGCCCAUGUCUUUCUUCGAACGCACACCCAGUGGCAACCUGGUCAACCGCUUUGCCAAAGAGACAGACACCAUUGACUCGGUCAUCCCUAGCAUCAUAAAAAUGUUCAUGGGCUCCAUGUUUAAUGUGCUGGGUUCAUGUGCUGUCAUCCUCAUCGCCACACCGCUGGUGGCCAUCAUCAUCCCUCCGCUGGGCCUGCUUUACUUCUUUGUACAGCGUUUCUACGUGGCGUCCUCUCGGCAACUGAAACGACUGGAGUCUGUGAGCCGCUCUCCUGUCUACACACACUUUAACGAGACGCUGCUGGGCACCAGUGUGAUCAGAGCAUUUGGAGAGCAGCAACGCUUCAUCAGAGAGAGUGACGGAAGAGUGGACCACAACCAAAAAGCUUAUUUCCCCAGCAUUGUAGCCAACCGAUGGCUGGCAGUGAGGUUAGAGUUUGUGGGCAACUGUAUUGUGGCAUUUGCAGCGCUUUUUGCAGUGAUGGCCAGGGACAGUCUGAGUCCAGGUAUCAUGGGGCUGUCCAUCUCUUAUGCGCUGCAGGUCACAACAUAUUUGAACUGGCUGGUGCGGAUGUCCUCUGAGCUGGAGACUAACAUAGUGGCAGUGGAGAAGGUGAAGGAAUAUGGAGACACAGAGAAAGAGGCUGAAUGGAGGUUGGAGCACUCAACUCUGCCUGCUGGUUGGCCGACCACUGGUCAUAUUGAAAUCCGCAACUUUGGCUUGAGAUACAGAGAGGACUUAGAGCUGGCUAUUUCUGAUAUCUCGGUCAACAUUGAGGGAGGAGAAAAGGUGGGAAUUGUGGGUAGGACAGGAGCAGGAAAGUCCUCAUUGACAUUAGGGCUCUUCCGCAUCAUCGAGGCAGCUCAGGGGGAGAUUUGUGUAGAUGGAGUCAACAUCGCUGAGCUGGGCCUGCAUGAGCUACGGUCCAGAAUCACAAUCAUUCCUCAGGUACCGCACUUAAAUACACCUAAACAGUGUUGGGGAAAGUUACUUUUAAAAGUAAUGCAUUACAAUAUUUCGUUACUCCGUAAAAAAGUAACUAAUUACAUUACUAAGUUACUUUUUAUGGGAAGUAAUGUGUUAUGUUACUUUUGCAAUGGGAUUAAAUACCUGGCCCGAGCUCUCCUGAGGAAGACCAAGAUUCUGGUUUUGGAUGAAGCCACUGCAGCUGUAGACCUGGAGACGGACAAUUUAAUACAGUCCACUAUCAGAACUCAGUUUGAGGACUGCACCGUUCUGACCAUCGCCCACCGUCUCAACACCAUCAUGGACUACACUAGGGUGCUGGUUCUCGAUAAAGGCCAGAUGGCAGAAUUUGAUUCUCCGUCCAAUUUAACUGCCAAGAAGGGAAUUUUCUACAAGAUGGCCAAAGACUCAGGUUUGGUCUGAAAAGUAGAGCGGCUGAAGAGCCCUCUGUUCAUCCAGGACAUAUCACUGACUAGAGCCCUUGGAGAGUGGACCUUGCGAGACAUGGACUCUGAAGGUACUUCUUCUGUGGGCCUGGAGCUCACACACACGGUGUGAACAUGACACCACUCCAUCCUCAGCUACUGUAGCCCUCCGUUUUCAAUCACAUUUUAAAGGUUUCACUGCAAAUGCUGCUUUAAAGGUUGUUUGAUGCCAACAUUUGGGAGGUUUGAAACUAGUUUGAUUUAUUCAUGGCAGUUUUUGUUGACAGUUUUCAUUUGGAAGACUUCUCAGUUUACCACUAAGCCACACUUUGCUGCUAGUGGUUGGUUGAUUGUUAGUAAUGAAAACAAUUAUAUUUGCAACAUUUGUUUCACUAGAAAGAGUAAAGAACAAAGUUUCUCUGUGCAGUGUACCAUUGAUGCAGUGAUCAAUUGUUGAUUGACCAAACAGCUGCUGGGAAAUCCCUCCAUGAGCAGGAGGUACUUCAUCCCAAGCCAAAGUUAAUAUUUGAAGCUAUUCUCAUUAUCAAAGAAGCGACAAAUUUGAAAACUCUAGUUUCAUCUCCAGAUAGCCAUUGUUUGCUCUCAUUUAAUCUUUAUUUAUAGUUUGAGAAAAUCUGUUACAAUAUUUAUUUUCUUUAUAUCAAAUUAUUUUAUCAUAUAACAUAUUUAUUACUGGGUAUCUCCCACUAAUGGCGACUUAAGCCUCAUCUUACCAAUAUCAUGCAGAAGAGUCUACACUGACCUUCUGUUUUCAUUGGUAAUAUAUUUAGUUGGUGUGUUUGAUUAAUGAUCUUUGUUUACUAUUAUUUCUCAGUGAUAAUUUCACCAAAAAAUUAUGAAUGCACUUAUUGUUCUUUAUAAAAACCUCAAACUAGGGUUUAUUUUUCAGGUUUGUUGGGAGUGAUGUUUUAAAAACAAGUAGGAAUAAUCCUUUGCCACUUUAAGGUCAGAUACCUAAAUCGUAGUAGUUCUUUAAGGGCAGGUUGUCUUGGAGAUGGCCGUACCUACUGAGCUGUGUGCUUCACUCUGUGCUGUAUACCAUAUAUCUGUUGAAUGUACGCUUGAGUGCGCCACGUUGUUUCAUUCAUCAGUACCUCCACUCUAGAUCAUUUAAGCCUUCUGAGUUUUUUAAAGGCCAAUCAGUUUUUUUUAAGGAACUGACAAAGACACACUUUGAAUGAUAAAAAAUAUAUAUCUGAUUUGUUACAUAUUUAUAUGAUUUGUAUGUAAACAAAGUUAUUAUUUGAUAUUUGUAUACAUGCACUAGUUUUAAGUGUGCUUAGUUUCAUAAAUCAGGCUUAUAUGUACAGGGGAAAUAUGAAUAAAUUUUUGUAAAGAGCCUUUUGUUAGUGUUUUAACAGUGUUGUACUUCUGAAAUCAGUCUUUCAAAAUAUUUUGUCACAGUGAGAAGGAAAACGAUUUCUGAUCACUACUACCAACAUUUAUUUUACUGAAGCUGUCCAGAAAAUAAAAAGAGCAUUUUCAAGUUUGACAGUCA